AUGGAUACAGCCGUGUCCAAUCCACCGCUAGCUAUGGCUCAGGGCGAGCGACAGACAGUUCACCCCUUCUUCCAACCAGGUAAGGCCCUAAAUUCUAAAUCUACAAUGCAGGAAACUGAUGAUUUGUUCAGGUCGAAGGAGAGCAAUGCCCCAGUGAAUGUCUCUGAAAAGCCUCAGAAAAUUCUCAAAUUGAAUCUCAAUGGGAGACUUCUCAGCUCCCCUCCCCUCGACGCAACACCUGUAUCUCAUCUCGAGAAACGAAAACCUGGCAAACAGGGGAGACUUAAGAAAGUGGAUAGCAAGUUGGUGGUCAUCAAAUAUAGCCUUGAUCCUGGAAGGAAUAUAGGCCAAUUAAUCAAUAAUAUACUUUGCGGUGAUCGGACACAACUCCCUCCUUCACUCCCUGUCAUACCGCCGCCGAAUAUCGUGAAACAGCAAUCAAAGCCGACCCAUCCUUUUUUUGCGAAGAAAUCAUUGAACAAGCCUUCACUCAACGAUUCAGUUGAGCUACUAUCACAAAACCAAGACAAAGACUCGACAGCAUCUAAAAACCCCACAAUAUCUGCUCCAGAGCGCAAGCGUGUACCUGGGACACCUGCACCGUUUUCUUCGUUUAGUCGACCUAAGAAAAAAUUCACUGAACUCUUUCAUCCCAUCUGGCCCCCGCGAGGCUUUAUUCAUGUAACACCUGAUGACUCGAACAUACCCAGAGGCCAGCAGCUGCCAGUCGACCGAGACCACAAGAAAGCCAAACUACGCGCCGUUGAUGUGCGAGAUGACGAGAGCGCAUUCCUCACUAGCACUGCGUCGGCAAUCAAGGCUGCGCAAUUGGACUUGAAUUUGACCGGCAACCCCAAACCCGAGCUUCGUAUUCCCGGAAAACAUAUUGCGAGUGGAGGGGUUUUGGGAAGAGCGAUCGACAGUCAAAUGUCCUGGUCUAUACCAAAUCGCCCCUCAGCUAGCUAUUCGUCGCCUUUAAUCAAAAAGUUUCGUUCAUCUCUACUCUCAUCUGUCUCUGCCUUUGACUGUGGAAAAUACGAAUCGCAACUUUGGACUCAGAAAUAUGCGCCUCAAACGGCUGAAGAUGUUCUACAAGUGGGAUGCGAACUUCAAUUGCUGCGUGACUGGCUAUGCCAGCUCAAAGUUACGGCCGUCGACACGGGCAAGUCAUCUAAGGAAGAUGUAAACCCAAAACCAAAACGCGGCAGGAAGCGUAAGAUUGCGAAGAAAACCGAUGAAUUUGACGAUUUCAUUGUUUCAAGUGGUGAGGAGGCCUCCGAAAUGGAUAAUUUUCCGGGCUCAGAUGAUGAGCUAGCAGGCGAUGUCACUGUAUCUUCACAAAAGACUGUUAUACGAUCUGGAGACAUGGGGUUAUGCAUGCAACAUGGAAUUGAGAAGAGCCUUGCCAAUGCAAUAAUUAUUACUGGCUCACCAGGUUGUGGCAAAACUGCAUCAGUGUAUGCUGUUGCUAAGGAGCUUGACUAUGAAGUUUUCGAAAUUAAUGCUGGUAGUCGUCGCAGUGCCAGAGAUAUGCUGGAGAGAGUCGGUGACAUGACACAGAACCACCUUGUUCAUCUUCUCAAUGAGCCUGAUGAGCCUUUACCCAAGCCUCGGGAAUCUAAGUCCAAUCCCUUGAUGAAUUUCUUCAAAGGCCAGCCAUCCAAGAUCACGAAGACCCCAGAGGAGCCAAAAAAACCGAGCGAGCCUCCAGAAAUCACUACCAAGAAACCUCGAGAACAAAAGCAAUCAUUGAUUCUCAUUGAGGAAGCCGAUAUUUUAUUCGAUGAAGACAAGCAGUUUUGGACUGGAGUAUUGGCACUCAUCAGCCAGUCGCGCCGGCCCAUCGUCAUUACCUGCAACGACGAGAGUCUUCUUCCCGACAUGUCCGUACACGCUAUUUUACGAUAUAAGCCUCCGCCCCUUGACCUUGUUGUCGACUAUCUCUUACUCAUUGCCGCCCAUGAAGGACACGUUCUAAAGCGUAAGGCUGUCAGUCAUCUUUAUAUCAGUUCUGGUAUGAACAUACGACGGUCGUUGAUGGACCUUAACUUUUGGUGCCAGAUAGGUGUUGGUAGUGAGAAAUCAGGCCUUGAUUGGAUACUGCCGCAAUGGCCUCCAGGAUCAACCGUCGAUCAGAAUGGAGAUCGGGUGAGAGUUCUCAGUCUCAACACAUACGAUGAGCAUAUGGGUUGGUUCAAUCGCGAUCUAUUCAUGGGCGAAAAUGCACUGCAAAAAGAGAUUGAAGCUCUCCGAAAUGGGUUUCAUUGGUGGAGACUCAAGAUUCAAGAUUUCGAUGAUGUCGCUGGUGGUUGCGAUGUGGAGAGAUUAUCUUCGGAGGAAUUUCAGUCGAGUUCAAAGCAGGAGCAAUUUAACAUGCUAGAACGUGAAGAAGAUUACUUGGAUAUGAGGAGCGCACUCGACAUCCUUUCCUCUGGGUGCUCUCUCGACACGGCGGAGGUGAGAAUAUACCCGAUUGACCGACUAGACCUCGACCUAACCUUAUCGCAGGAUAUAUUUGACACUAGUCUCCCACCAAUGCUAGAAUCACAUCGAUCUAAUUAUAUUGAGGCUCAUCCCCUCCUUCAAGCUGAUCUGCUACCAGAGUAUUCAUCAUUGAGUGAGGACAUCAGCAUCGCAUUUGACGCCUUGCUCUCUCAAACCUUCCGUGCAAAAACCGAAGACCUCGAAUCAAGUUUUGUGACGCGAAUCUUCAAUGGCUGGACCAAAGACUCUGCUCGUCGCUCUAUCUACCCGUCCAACAAAGCUCAGUUCCAAAAGGUGUUUGAACCAAUAAUGCGAGCGCACUACAUCAUGCCACUACAAACCUCAUUCGAGAACGGAUUUGGCCCAAUCACUGAAGAUCUUGCACCUUAUAUCCGUGGCAUAAUGGUAUUUGACGGUCGUCUAAAGGUAUAUCGAGACAACUUGCAUGCAGCAUGGUCACAAGAGCAGGGCACUGGUCAUAAAGAUAAGCGUGCAAGAACUACACGCGCCAGUAGGGCUGCUCUUGAAGGGAGUGACAAAGCUUUCACGCGUCGGGAAAGAUGGUUUCCCGAUGGUACCAAUUACUUCCUCGUCCUGGGUACUGGAAUGCCAGAGUGGCAGCAAGCCCUAUUUGAUAUGGGCCAUUUCACUGUGCAGCCUGCUAUUUCAACGCCUGUCCCCGAUGAUAACCCGAGUCUUAUUUUAGUAGCAUAG